GUGUUUGUCACUGUGAUCACAGACACCUCGGCCAAAGAUACCCAGUGUCAAGAUGAGCUAGCGCUGGCCUAUAUUUCCAACUCCUCUGUAUUCCCAGUCAGUCUCAAGAAAUACAGAGAAAUCGGCCCAAUGCUUGAUGGAGGAAUGAAGUUAAUGUUAGCAAAGAUCAACUGGACCUUCUUUUUCAAAGAAGAAUUAUUUGUGCAGAAUAUGCCAGCUUUGUUGAGUUCCAUAGGGAAGGUUAUUGAAGAAAAGACAGAAGAAAUCACAGCACCCGAGUCGUUUGAUGAUGGUACAAUCCAGUUCCAUGGUAUGAAUAUAAAUGUCCAUGACAAAUUAAAUGAUGAUUCAGAGGGAGAGGAGGAUGAAGAUGAAGGGGAGUCGUCAGCCAAUAAAUCGGAGCAAAUCCAGACGUCAGACACUAGCAUGCUGAGCUAUGACUUCUGGGAUAGAUCCUUCGGGGAGAAGACUGAGGUAACCUGGGUGGAGUUUAAGAAGAAGUUUGAGGUUGAGUACAGGGAAAAGAUUGUAAAGACAUACACAGAGGAAGAGUGUAAGCUGUUUGUGAACUUGAUCUACAAAGAUAUUUUUAUGCUGAACAAAACCAUGAAGAAGGCAACCUAUGAUCAGUUCUGUGAGGGAAACCCCUCUGCUGAUCCCCACCGGUUUUACCAUCGACUGGCUCAGUAUGCCAAGGGAUACCACGCCAUGAGGGAAGUCUUCAAUAUGGAUAGUACACUUAGACUCAUCACCAUACAGAAGCUAGGUAUUGCAUGCAAUUUGUUUCUUUUGCUAUUAAAGCUGAAAGAAUAACAAAAUAAAUUAUCAUAAGAUUAAGCUUUGA